AAGCCAUGCUCUCACCGUCUGAUCACUAAGAUCGAAAAGGUGAUCUGGAUUCAGAGCACAAGUGGGUUUGUGCUAGAAACUACAACAGGGGUUCCAAGGACUAAGGGUCUCUUAUUAAUCCAUAGGCCCUUGACCAGAGAGCAUCUCUGAACUUCAGCAUGUCUCUUCAGCACAUGCUGCACCUUUGCAUCAUCUUUCUCUUCACCAGCGUGGCCAGUGACAUGUGCCCUCCUGGAUUACUGGAGCUGUAUCCAUCUGAACUGGUAGUGGAAUAUGGGCAAUCACUUGAUGUUUACUGCACAUCUCUUUCCACCGGAGAAUUUGACACUGGAGGGGUAGAAUGGCAGAUACCUCUAGAGUUUAAUAUCAGUGACUCGACGAUGUCCGAUGUCCCUGGGAAUUACACACGAUGGACAGUACAAAGCCUACAAGAAUGGGACAUAGAAGCGCACUGCAUUUUUACUGAUGGGACUGGUUUUCAGUGCAAUGAAAGCCUAUCUUUAACAGUCUACAAGGCUCCUGAAAAUGUAUCCAUCACUCUGGUGAACCACACUGAGGUAAUGGCUGAUGGCCGAUCAUAUGAACUCCAGUGCGACGUCUUGGAUGUCGCUCCAGUGAAGAACCUAAAGGUGCGAUGGUACAAAGAAAAUGUCCCUGUGAAUGAAUCUCGAUUCGUGGACACUGAGAGAGGUCCACGUAAUGUGUCGGCUUCCCUCCGGAUCUUUCCGACCCGAGAGGAUGAUGGAGUUGCAUACCGGUGUGAAGCAGAGCUAGAUCUGGGACCCCAAAGACCUCUGACGCGAUCAUCUGAUCCGCUAUCCAUCACUGUGAAAAAGGAUUUGUCUCUGUGGGGUGAUGCAGGAACGAUUGCCACGCCAACAAUGCCAACCUCAGCGAUCGCAACCACACCCACUGCCCCUGCAGCCACAGGACCAACUGAGGUUCCAACAUCAACUCCUCAACUAGACAUCGAUGUUGUGGCAGUUUCCCCUGGGCCGAUGGCUGUGGGCGAAAAUUACACCCUGUCAUGCCACAUCGAAAUCUCCACACCUGUUACUCCAUACCUUUACGGCAAUGUCACCGUCAAUGUCAAGGCGCUAAUAGGACAGGAUCUGGUGGGCACACAAAUAAUGCAGGACAUAGAGGACACAUACAUGAAUAUAACCAGUGACUUCCUGUACACUCCCCUUAAAACACAUGAUGGGGAAAAAUACCAGUGUGUUGUAGAGAUCCAGCCACCAGGAAAUGAAUCUAAUCUCGAACGCAAAUCAGAGAUCCUCAACAUUCAAGUGUACAGUGGCUGUCCAGUUGAUAUCAGUCCCUCUACUCUGGUGGUGAGGUAUGGAGGUCCUGCUUCGUCCACCUGUCGUGCACUCGUACCCAUUGAUGGCAUGGGCUGGGAGUCCCCAGUGGGGGCUGUGCCUUUGGAGGAUGAAGUCACAGAGCUCAACUGGACGGUGAAGGAGCUGAGAGAGUGGACACUGACUCCACAAUGCUACAUCAACUCGAAGAAGGGUACCCAGUGCGUAAGAGACCUAUCUGUUGUGGCUUACGAAACUCCGGAGAGUUUGUCCAUUACCACAGAAAAACAUAUUCCAAUGGCUGCGGGGAAGGAGAACACCCUUAUCUGCCACAUUGAAAAUAUCGCUCCUGUUCUGAACCUCACUGUAAAGUGGUUCAAACGCACUGUUGAUGGAAGCACUGUGGAGUUGUCUGAAGAUGAGAGUCACCAGAGUAGCAUCAGUACUGGUCCACAAAAUCUUACCAGUUCCUAUACGUUUUUUCCUAAUAUAUCUGAUAAUGAAACACAAUAUUGGUGUGAGGCAGAUCUGAAUUUAGGGCCAGGAGGGCCCCCUAAACUGACUUCAGACCCACUCACCAUCACUGUGUACAGUGGCUGUCCGAUUGUCAUCAGCCCUCCCUCUCUGGUGGUGAAGUAUGGAGAUUCAGCCUCAGCUAACUGCAGUACAUUCAUACCUCACAACGGAAUUGGCUGGAAUUCUACUCUUGGACCUGUAAGCAAAGUGCAGGGUGUCCAACAAGUCAGCUGGAGCACGAAGAACCUGACCAAGUGGACAGUGAAGCCAACGUGUGUUAUUGACACUGAUGAUGGGCAGUGUAGCAGAGAUCUCAAUGUCUCUGUUUAUUCUUUUCCAGAUGCAAUCACUGUAACAGCGACUACUACUGGAGCAAUGGCUGAAGGCAAGAACUAUAGCCUUUUUUGCCACUUAGAAAACGUUGCUCCUGUACAGCACCUGACCUUGAAGUGGUUCAAAGGAGACACACGUCUGCCAACAGAUGACAGUCACCAGAGCAACAAUGUGGGGAAACAAAAUGUUACCAAUAAAAUCCUGAUUGUUCCUAAUAUGUCUGAUAAUGGAGCACAAUAUUGGUGUGAGGCAGAUCUGAAUUUAGGGCCAGGAGGGCCCCCUAAACUGACUUCAGACCCACUCACCAUCACGGUGUACAGUGGCUGUCCGAUUGUCAUCAGCCCUCCCUCUCUGGUGGUGAAGUAUGGAGAUUCAGCCUCAGCUAACUGCAGUACAUUCAUACCUCACAACGGAAUUGGCUGGAAUUCUACUCUUGGACCUGUAAGCAAAGUGCAGGGUGUCCAACAAGUCAGCUGGAGUGUAGAGAAGCUGACAGAGUGGUCAGUGAAGCCAAAAUGUCUCAUUGACACAGAUGAUGAGCUGUGUUACCAAGACCUCAGUGUCACAGUUUAUUCUUUUCCAGAUGCAAUCACUGUAACAGCGACUACUACUGGAGCAAUGGCUGAAGGCAAGAACUAUAGCCUUUUUUGCCACUUAGAAAACGUUGCUCCUGUACAGCACCUGACCUUGAAGUGGUUCAAAGGAGACACACGUCUGCCAACAGAUGACAGUCACCAGAGCAACAAUGUGGGGAAACAAAAUGUUACCAGUGAAAUCCUGAUUGUUCCUAAUAUAUCUGAUAAUGGAACACAAUAUUGGUGUGAGGCAGAUCUGAAUUUAGGGCCAGGAGGGCCCCCCAAACUGACUUCAGACCCACUCACCAUCACGGUGUACAGUGGCUGUCCGAUUGUCAUCAGCCCUCCCUCUCUGGUGGUGAAGUAUGGAGAUUCAGCCUCAGCUGACUGCCGUGCAUUAAUACCUCACAACGGAAUUGGCUGGAAUUCUACCCUUGGACCUGUAAGCAAAGUGCAGGGUGUCCAACCAGUCAGCUGGAGUGUAGAGAAGCUGACAGAGUGGUCAGUGAAGCCAAAAUGUCUCAUUGACACUGAUGAUGGGCUGUGUUACAAAGACCUCAGUGUCACAGUUUACCAGAUGCCAAGCAAAAUAACCCUGACAUCAAAUCAUACUGGCAAAAUGACUGCUGGCCAAUUCUACUUCUUUACUUGCCACAUUCAAGACGUUGCUCCUGUUCAGAACCUGAAGGUGAACUGGCUUAAAGGAGAGAAUUAUGUGCUUCCGGAACAGAGCAAAGAUCAGGGCAUCGGGGAAGGUCCCCACAACUUGACCUUUGACCUCCGUAUCCAGCCCACUGCAUCUGAUGAUGGAGAAAAGUACAGGUGUGAGGCACGGCUGGAUCUUGGCCCUGUCUCGCCUCCUGUAGUCAAGUCAGAUCAGUAUGUCAUUACUAUACCUGCUGACUGGACAACAACUAUUAUAAUAAUUUUUUUAAUCAUUCUCCUGAUUAUAUUGAUCCUGAUAAUUGCAAUCCGAUACUAUAAAAGUAAACAGGGGAAUUACAGCAUUGUGCAGACCAACAUCCCAAUGGCUGACAUUCCCAAGGGAGGUGCAUGAACACCCGGGGUAGACCUAUGCAUGAUAGAUAGAUAGAUAGAUAGAUAGAUAGAUAGAUAGAUAAAUAAAUAGAUACUUUAUUGAUCCCCAAGGGGAAAUUCAAGAUUAACGCAAGAUACACUGAGACAAGAGAGCAAACUUGAAUGUAAGUCUAAUGUAUAUAAUGUACAGCCUACUGUGCAAAUGUAUAUAUAUAUACUGUAUAUAUGCAAUAGCUUUACAUAUCAAAAUAUAGCGUUCCAAACAACGGUUAUCGUAGUUGUAUUUGCAUUUACCAUGUUGUGUAUUUGUUAGAAUGUGUAGAAUGUGUGGAAUGUGUGUUUCUCUUUAUCAUGUGUUUAUCCCUGUGUGAUGUGUGUGAUAACCCUUGUUGUGUAUUCCUCCAUGUGUGGUUGACACUAUCUUCCGUGUCUGAUCUAAUAAAAAAGCAUUGGCUUGACAA